AUGGAAGACGAGGAGCAAGAGUGCAAACAGGAGCGGCGGCCGUUGGAGGUUGAAUAUAGUUCUCCACAGUCUUCGGCUGGCCCUUUGUCCCAAACACUGUCAAAAGAGAUCGUGUCAGUUGGUGUUGAAACUGACCAGAUGAACGACUUAGUGACCAGAGCGUUUGAAGCCGAGAAGGUAGAAUUAGAAAACAAACUACAAGACCUUACCAGUCUUUUCGAUCUUUCUCAGAACGUGGCUGCUUCCUUUGCUGGUGUGAUUCGAGGCACCUGUGAACCUGCAAGAUUUUUGGAGUAUGCCUAUCUUCUCGAGUCGACUGACCCUCUCCAGCACGAAUUUAUUGAUCUGCUAAAGGAGACCCUGAACCGGCAGGCCCAAAAGUCGCUUCCAUCCAAUAAGAACACGUCUUCAGUGAGUACACAAAGUGUGCAAGUACUGCAGUGCUGUGCCGAAACAUUGACCGAUAAGACGGCUCAUCAAGACUUAAGUUGUCAGACAACGAUUAAGUGUGAAGUUACGGCCGGCGCAAGUGACAGAACCUGCGAAACAUACUCCUCAGAACAUUGUCAGACCGACUUCAGAGUCGUCUGUCAACAGUGCCUGGUUAUUGUGCAGUUUAUGUCCCAGUGCUGUGACACCUUGAGAACCGGUGUAUUGUCUGUCGAUCACGCACGUGUUCUACAGCAAUUGGAUCAAAUGCCUGCGGACUCGGUUACAGCCCUCCAAUUGCGAAAUAUUGUGUCAAACUUCAGCUCGCUGUUUCUUCAAAAGAUCGAGAAGCUAGGUCAGGAUAUGGGUUCGCCGGCUAGCACACUCGCAGACCGCGAUGAGUUCAACGCUAUGGCGCGUGCCACCUCCGAUGCCUUGAGUUCGCCAGACCCAGACGCAGCAUUGGCCGAAUCGCAACAGCAGUUGCAAACUAUGCAGCCCCCAGAUGCGGUUGUUACGUGCAUGCGACAACUUCUUAGUGCACAUGUUGCCCUUCGAGGACAGUACAAGCAAGCAGAACAAGACAAACUAGCUUUGGCCACUCUCGUACGCACGAAACACGCAGAAAGUGAGGCUUACCACGCAAAACUGCAGACUCUGCUUACUGAACGUCAAGCUAACGCACAGCUUGCCGACGCUGAGGAACGUCUUGCCACACAAGUUGAAUUUAUUUCCUCUGCGGAGGAUCUAAUCACGAGCGCCAGGGAGGAGCGUGACGCAGCGCGCAGUGCCGGCCGAGCUAGCCAAUCUGAGCUGAACGGUCUGAAGACGAGCUAUGCUAACUUACAGAAAGCGCUGGAGAAUUUGGAGAAAGGUGGGGAGCCCUCUGUGGGUUUUCUUGUGUUUCUAGUUUCUGAUGCCUCCAGCUUGUCUCUUUGGCGCAUAACCAGGCGCAUGAAACGCCGGCCGAGAUCUUCAGCCUAG